UGACCCUGUUCAAGAGUGAAUAUCACAGCCUAAGACAUAGGACCAUGACUGGGGAACUGAGGACAAGCCGACCAAAGGCAGGAACCAAGAGACCCAGCAGUGAGGCCUACAGAUCUGACUAUGACUUGGAGUAUGACAGCUACCCAGAUGACCUCUACGGCAGGGUGAUUGACUACCAGCGUGUCUCAGCCUCCGUAAUGCCAGUCCCAGUGGAGCACAGCCCUAUGAAACACUCCCGUGAUCUCUCUUUCUCCUCCGGCCUGCACCGCUCCAGAGACAGACCACAGGACAAGAGGAGCGCACAGCGCACCGGCUCUUCCAGGGCCAAGUUGAAGAUGGCAGAGCUGCUGGCCAUAAAGCGGGAGUUGACUCAGAUCAAGGUGCAGAUUGACGGACUGCUCGACAGCGUGGACAAGAUGGACAGACAGAGGAAGGACCACUCAGAUUCCCCUCCUACCCAAGAGGGCAGUGUGUCGGACUCAGUGAGCAGUCUGGAAGAUUCCCCCGUCAGCCUCCUACACAGACAGAGGGAGAGCCCAGAGCCUGGGGAGGCCAGCGAUGAUGACCAACACCUCCAACACUAYCAGCGCCACUGCAGGAUAAAUAACCAUCAAUCUGAUCUGGAGGAUGACAUGUGAGAUCAGACUCAAGGACCUCAGUGACAGCAGCACAGAGAUAGAGGGGGUUUGAAGUGAAAGGAGGCGCGAUCAUCUCUAAUCACAGUCAACAUGGACACAACCCUCAAAUUAAUAUACUGUUCAUUACAAAGUAGAGCUUGGGCGAUAUACCGGAAAUUAUCGACAACAACCAUACCGAUCACUUAUCGCUGGCAUUUUGCUGAUAUCGUUCAUUAUGAUAAGUAGCCUAUACUAGAGAAAUGUGUAGUUUGAAAUGAAAUAAGUUUGC